AUUAUCAUAUUUAUAUGUUCGUUCUCUUUCUCCCUACAAAAUACCAAUACAUUUUCACAGCUUUCUCUCACAAUUUGUCUUUUCUCGGUUACCAAACACUCCCCUUCAAUGACUCAUCCAUCUCAAUCCUAUUCCUACGCAAGCUUCUCUCCCUCUGCGCCACCCAUGCCCGAGUCACUCGGGACUUCCCGUCCAAAUUACUACAAUCAGACCAAUUACGGGUCGGUCUCAUCACAUGGGUAUCCUUCGUUUCCACCCGGGACACACCCGGAUAUCAUUCGGACCUUCCAGGCUGUGGACAAUGAUCGAAGUGGGUUCAUAGACGAGACAGAGUUGCAGCGAGCUCUCUCUUCUCAUUAUCAGAGGUUCAGCCUUCGGACUAUCCGGUUGCUCAUGUUUCUUUUCAAGAAUCCGAACGAUUCUCUCAGAAUUGGUCCUAAAGAGUUUGCUGCAUUGUGGAGUUGUAUCGGUCAAUGGCGGGGCAUUUUUGAGAGAUUCGAUAGAGACAGGAGCGGGAAAAUUGAUGCAUUGGAGCUAAGGGAUGCUCUCUAUAGUAUUGGAUUUGCAGUUCCAGCUUCUGUUCUUCAAGUUCUGAUAUCCAGAUACGACGAUGGAACCGGCCGGAGAGUUGAACUGAAUUUUGACAGUUUUGUUGAGUGUGGGAUGAUUGUGAAGGGUUUGACAGAGAAGUUCAAGGAGAAGGAUACGCGUUAUACUGGCUCGGCAACACUUACUUACGACACAUUCUUGACCAUGAUCAUUCCAUUUCUUGUAGCAUAGUAGCUCUGCUCUUAUAAUUUUAUUAUUAUUAUUAUUAUUAUUAUUAUUAUUAUUCUUGAGCGAGAUAUUAUUUUAUUUCUUGUAUCAUAGAGCUGUAUCAUAUAUUAUUCAUUUAAUUAUCUUUUAUUUGUUUGUGCUUAUGUUAGCGUGAUUCAUGAGAAAAAAUUUGUAUACGGAAGUGUAUGUGAAAUGGAAAAGAUUUGUGUAUGUAUAUUGAAUAAUAUAUUUCUUUCUUUA